CUCUUUAAUUUCACAAUUAUGCGCAAUGACGCUUCUUUAUUAUGGCCUUACCUUUCAAACCUCGGCUUGGCUUUUGUCGUUUGUUGGCUUUCUUCAAAGAGUUCAACAUGUCCGCAGUAAGGUUGCUCUUAUCGUGUCUGCUUCUGAAAGAGGGUCUUGCGCUGUCAGGGAACUUUUGGCAUAUCACAGAUUUGCAUUGGGACCCAACAUACGAACUGAGCAACAAUCCUGAACUGGUGUGCGCAUCCAGCGGGAAUCGACCCGCAGCCGGUGCCGGUAAAUUUGGAGACUAUGUCUGUGACGCGCCAUGGCACCUUAUCAACUCCUCUGUGCACGCAAUGAAAAACAUCCUACCAGACCCGGACUUCAUCGUGUGGACGGGAGAUGACACACCACAUGUACCCAAUGAGGAUCUGGGAGAAGAGGCAGUGCUCAGCAUUGUCCGAAACCUCACCCACAUCAUAAAAGAGGUCUUUCCAAUGACUAAAGUGUACUCUGCCCUGGGCAACCAUGACUACCACCCUAAGAGUCAGCUCCCUGCAGCCCAAAACUAUAUCUAUGAGCAAAUAUCAAAAAUGUGGCAGGACUGGUUGGAUCCAAACUCCAGAGAGACAUUUAUAAAAGGGGGAUUUUACACAGAAGCGCUACUGAAUCGACCGGGUUUCAGGAUGCUGGUCCUUAACACUAAUCUGUACUACGACCAGAACAAGCUGACCCAGAACACGGUCGACCCUGCGGGCCAGUUUUACUGGGCAGAUCGGGCUCUUACGGAGGCAGCCAACAACAAAGAGAAGGUUUACAUUAUUGGCCACGUUCCCCCAGGUUUCUUUGAGAAGAAAAGAAGUAAGCCAUGGUUCACUCCGAAGUUCAACAGGCAAUACUUGGAGUUAAUUGAAAAGCAUCAUUCUGUCAUAGCCGGGCAGUUCUUUGGUCAUCAUCAUACCGACAGUUUCCGCAUGUUCUACAACGCAAAGGGCACUCCUAUUAGUACGAUGUUCCUCAGUCCAGGUGUAACACCAUGGGAAACAACACUUCCCGGAGUCGUGGAUGGAGCCAACAACCCUGGGAUUCGUGUGUUUGAAUAUGACACAGAAACGCUCCUGGUCAAAGAUGUGGUGACCUAUUAUUUGAACCUGAGUCACGCUAAUGCAGCCGCAGGACGCUGGGAGAAAGAGUAUCGCCUCACAGAGAGCUUCAGAGUACCGGAUGCCUCUCCAGCCUCCAUGCACCAGGUCCUGGAGCGUAUGGCUAGUGAUCACUGCUACCUCCAGAAGUACUAUGAUUUCAACUCUGUCAACUACGACCUGACAGAGUGUGACAGUGACUGCAGGGUUGACCAUGUGUGUGCAGCAAGAGAGGUAGACUUUGACAAGUAUGAAGCGUGUUUGGUAAAAGAAGGAGCAGCAUUCAUUUAUGGCGGGCUGCUGCCGGUCCUCUCUGUGGCUGUAAGUCUCAUACUGACCAGUCAGUAGAGAUCAUCACAGACACUUCUAACACAUUCAUUCUAGACAUGUUUAAAGAUGUAAAAUAUUCCACUUUUAAUUAUAAGUUAUUCAAACUUUAAGCAUAUAUCACUCACAGCUUAAACAUGAAAGAGUAGUAAGACCGACCAAAGCACAUUUUUGUGUGAAAGGGGUUGAAUAGAAAAAUGAGCAAUACUCAAUAAUAAUCAGCAGUAUUGUUAUCAUGUAGAUAUUUGUUUUAAAUGACGUGUGUUUCACAGUUAGCAUCACAGAUUGUGUCCUCAUAUUUUAAAUGAUACAAUAACCACAGAUGCACUGAGCCAUGUGCUAGAUGUAAUGAAGUAAAGAAAAACAACCUUUGACUUCACAAAUCUUUGGUGUGGCCUCUUGACCUUGGUUUAUUGGUACUUCCUUUCAACUGAAAAACCACACAUUAUUCUUGAAAUUCAAGAGGCUAAGGUACCAGAAACUGUGAGAUUCUGCAUCGAAUCAAGAAGUCUGUGAAAUGUUUUUCACCAGAAACUGUCAAAAUCUACUGCAGCUAUUCCAGAAAUCGGUUCCAGUACAUGGAAUCAAUGCACCAUUGACAAUCAGUAUCUGUUCAACAAUAAAUGCGUUGCUAAAUAUUAA